GGUUCCUCAGCCACGAUACCUCCCCAUUCUCAGGGUCUCCCCCCCUCGCUUCAGCACUUGCCUGGGUUUUGGUGCUGACUCAGUCAGACCCCACAGCACACAGCCCUGAGGACCCACGCUGCACCCAUUGCCCUGCACAGCCCCCUCUGAGCCUGAUGCUGCCCUACAGUGACAGCAAAGUGCUUCUGGGCCUGGAGGUGGCACGAUCUCACUUCAUCCCUUGGAGACUUGCACUGUGAAAGCUCCUGCCACCAUUCAUCAGGACAUGGCAGUGCCAGCGAGGAGUGCAGUGACCCCCUCCUCUGUGUUCCUGCAGGUUUUACUGGGACUUCACGAUGCUGCUCUUCAUGGUGGGCAACCUGAUCAUCAUUCCUGUGGGCAUCACCUUCUUCAAGGAGGAAACCACAGCCCCCUGGAUCGUGUUCAACGUGGUCUCUGACACCUUCUUCCUGAUGGACCUGGUGCUGAACUUCCGCACGGGGAUCGUCAUCGAGGACAACACGGAGAUCAUCCUGGACCCUGAAAGGAUCAAGAAGAAGUACCUCAAGACGUGGUUUGUGGUGGACUUUGUCUCCUCCAUCCCCGUGGACUACGUCUUCCUCAUCGUGGAAAAGGGCAUCGACUCGGAGGUCUAUAAGACAGCCCGCGCUCUUCGCAUCGUCCGCUUCACCAAGAUCCUCAGCCUGCUGCGCCUGCUGCGCCUCUCCCGCCUCAUCCGUUACAUCCAUCAGUGGGAGGAGAUCUUCCACAUGACCUACGACCUGGCCAGCGCUGUGAUGAGGAUCAUUAACCUCAUUGGCAUGAUGCUGCUGCUGUGCCACUGGGACGGCUGCCUCCAGUUCCUCGUGCCCAUGCUGCAGGAUUUCCCCAAGAACUGCUGGGUCUCCAUCAAUGGGAUGGUGAACGACUCCUGGAGCGAGCUGUACUCCUUCGCCCUCUUUAAGUCCAUGAGCCACAUGCUGUGCAUCGGCUACGGCAAGCAGGCACCUGAGAGCAUGACGGACAUCUGGCUGACGAUGCUGAGCAUGAUAGUGGGAGCCACCUGCUAUGCCAUGUUCAUCGGCCACGCCACCGCCCUCAUCCAGUCGUUGGACUCCUCCCGACGCCAGUACCAGGAGAAGUACAAGCAGGUGGAGCAGUACAUGUCCUUCCACAAGCUGCCCGCUGACUUCCGACAGAAGAUCCACGAUUACUACGAGCACCGCUACCAGGGCAAGAUGUUUGAUGAGGACAGCAUCCUGGGGGAGCUCAAUGAGCCCUUGCGUGAGGAAAUCGUGAACUUCAACUGUCGCAAACUGGUGGCCUCCAUGCCGCUGUUCGCCAACGCGGAUCCCAACUUUGUGACGGCGAUGCUCACCAAGCUGAAGUUUGAGGUGUUCCAACCCGGAGACUACAUCAUCCGCGAGGGAACCAUUGGCAAGAAGAUGUACUUCAUCCAGCACGGCGUGGUCAGCAUCCUCACCAAGGGCAACAAGGAGAUGAAGCUCUCUGAUGGCUCCUACUUUGGGGAAAUCUGCCUGCUGACCCGUGGUCGGCGCACAGCCAGCGUCCGGGCGGACACCUACUGCCGCCUCUACUCACUAUCAGUGGACAACUUCAAUGAGGUGCUGGAGGAGUACCCCAUGAUGCGGAGAGCCUUCGAGACCGUGGCCAUCGACCGCCUCGAUCGCAUCGGGAAAAAGAACUCGAUCCUUCUUCACAAAGUGCAGCACGACCUCAACUCGGGCGUCUUCAACAACCAGGAGAACGAAAUCAUCCAGGAGAUUGUCAAGUAUGACCGAGAGAUGGUGCAGCAGGCGGAGCUGCAGCAGCACACGGCCAUGUACAGCCCGGUGCAGCCCCAGGUCACCUCCGCCAUUGCCACCCUGCAGCAAGCCGUCGCCAUGAGCUUCUGCCCACAGAUGGCCAGCCCUCUGGUGGGCUCCAUGGCGCUGGGCUCUCCCCGCAUGAUGCGUCGCUUGCAAUACGCCCAGGCCGUGCCCAGCCCCUUCGCCGUCUCCCCAGUGCUGCUGCAGCAAAGCCCCCCGCAGCAGCCGCAGCCCCCCGUGCCCCACGCCAACCCAUCGCCCUCGCAGGACCAGGCACAGCCCGCCUCCACCAGCGCCUUCGCAGUCGCCAGCCCGCCGUCCCAAAGCCCCUUGGCCAGCCGGACGUUUGCCUACGGAGGAGCCAAAGGGCAGCUGGGCUCCCAGCUCUCGCUGAGCCAGCAGCAGACGCCCGGUUCGCCCCCACGGUUGGCAGUUCACAAAAGCACACAGGCGCUGCCCACCAGCAGCUUCAGCCAGGAUUCACGGCCUCUAUCGGCUUCGCAGCCCUCCCUGCCCCAUGGGCUGACGGCUGGCAGCACCCAGAGCCCCCCGGCUUCGGUGCACGAAUCCUCUGCUUCCAUCGGUGGAGGCCCAGCUGCCACCGCCGUCUCGCCGGGCUCGGGUCCCCCAGCCGGGCUGCGAGGUGCGGUGUCCUCCAGGGGCCCCCUGUCUCACCCUGCACCCACUCUGCAGCAGGACUCGGCGGCAGCCCGCAAGGAUUCGGUGGGCAGCAUGCCCGACACGGACCCGGCCAAAUCCAGGCUGUCUUCCAACUUGUGACCUCCACAGGCGUGGGGAUAGGGGUGCUGGGGUGCCAGGGCAGCCAGCCCCAUCCCCUCUGCUCCAUCCCCACCGAGGAGCCCGUGCCCCUCGGCCACCUCCACCCCUGCUCCCUGGCUUCGUCCCCCUGCCAGGGACCCAUGGGUGGGCACAAGGGGGGCUGUUUGCCUCCGACCAAAGUUUGGCCCCAUUUUCCGCUCCUUGCGAGAAAAUCCCACUGCCCCAUAGAAGCCACAGAUGCAUCAUCCCCAGUGAUCAACGCUGUAUAUGAUAUAUAUGACCUGAAUACAAAUCUAUAUGUGUGCAUCCGCAGGACACCUCCCUGGGGUCUUAGGCAUGUGGGCCAGCACUGGCACGUGCCCCUGCCUCCCCUCCCACAGACCCAUGGCGAGGGGUGACAGCCGAGGAGUGGAGGUAAGUUAUGGGGUCUGAAGUACAGCAAGCCCCAGGAGACUCAGCAGCCCCCAUGCCAGGCAGACUUUGAGGCUGGGGUGACCUCAGCCAGGCAGCCCUGCUGCUGGAGCACAGGGUGCUGAGCACCAGGGCUGCCACUGCAUGGAGCAGCACUGGGCUCUGCUGGCUUGCAGGCUGGGGAAGGCACAGAGUGUGCGUGAAAUAAGUGUGCCUGUGUGUGUGUGUAUAUAUAUACACAGAUGGAUGGAGUGUGCAUGGAUGUAUGCAUGCACGUAUGCCCCUGCCUGGCACACUGGAGCCUUCCACGUUGAAUGUAUGCAGCAAUCCAUGAGCAAGGAGCCCCAUGCCCACCUGCCUUCCUGCAGCUGCAGGGCCAGGGGUCCAGGGCCACACUCCAAGCGUCACCUUUCCAUCCAGCCCAUCCUGUGCAAUAAAUGUCAGCAACUGACAGAGCUACACACGACUCCGUCUCUGCUUCUCCUUUGCU